AUGGGCAAAUACGUCUGGGAGAAGGAACCAGUGACCCAGUCGUACUAUUUUCUCGUGCCUGUCGAAUACAAGGACAAGCCGUCACAGUCACCGUUCAUCUGGGCGUUUGAGGCCUACGACCACUUUUCCGACAUUGAGGAGACGCACAUGGCGUCACCGGAGAUGAAGGCUUUCAUCCCCAAGAUCUUCAGCGUCAUGACCACGGGCCUGGACAUUUGGCAUUACAGCCACGUGGGCGGGUUCCUUGACAAGGCCGAGUCGUCCGGGUCGCGACCUGCUGCUGCUGCUGCUGCCGGCUUCGUCCGCGACACCAGAAUCAGGGCACACCCGGGACACGCGGAGGAACUGCUCGAGCGGCUGCAGGGCCAGGCGACGAGGGUGCAGAAGGAGGAGCCCGCGACGUUCACAUAUUUCCUCAUGCGGGGGAUGGACAACAAGGACGAGUUCCGCGUGCUCGAGCGCUACGAGGACCGCGCGGCCUGGGAGGUGCACAAUGGUAAUCAGGCGCUGAUCGACUUCUUCUUUGCGUCCAAGAAUCUCAUCGCGGGGGUCGAGGGGACCAGUUAUGUCGAGACGGGGUAUGGCUGGCUCCAUAGGUGA